AUGUCGUACGGUGCAGACGUAGUUAAACAGAGCUUUAUUGAUGUUUUCUCUCCCUUUCUCGUUUUCCCUCUCUCCUUCCGCCUUCCCUCUCCCUUUCAUAUACGCCUUCUCUCCAUUUAUCGCAUCCCCCUGUUCUUCCAUCUUAUCUCUCCCUUUCUCUGCUUUUCUCGUCCUCUUUCUUUUCUUUUUCAUCUCUCCUCACUAUAUCUUUUUCUUCCCUUCUUCUCUUCCCCAUUCUUUACCAUCUCUUUAUAUUUCCCUCUAUCACUUUUCUUCCUUCUCUCUUUCUCUUCUACCCUAUCAUUCUCUCUGACAUUCUCUUCCGCUCCUUCUCUGAUCUACUACCUUUUCGCCUAUGUCUCUUUGUUUACCUUCCUCCCUCUCCCUCUUUCUUCUCAUAUCCUAUUCCUUUACUUUCACUCCCCCACUCUCCAUCUCUUUCUUCCCACUCACCCACCCCAUCAAUUUCACCACUCUCUUGUUUGUCACAAAGGCCUUUUCACUCAUCACUCUCUCUUCGUUGACACAAGUAAUUUAUAUUUUUCCUUCUAA